AUGUCUAACUUUUGGACGAGCUUACGUGGGAAAUAUGCACCCGACAGAGAGCGAGGCUCUGAAGGGAUGGAAAAACCCGGGUACUGCUCCGGGAGCUUCGACGGCCUUCAUCAUCCCAGCGAUGAUGAUGAUGAUGAUGAUGAGAUGGUGGACAUAGCAGGAGCCACACUGGACUUUUCAAGCACGGACGACGUCCCUCCUCUCAGCUCAGAGGUUUAUGAGGACAACAACAGCAGCAGUAGCAGAACAGCCGGUAUGAACGGUAACGGCCCCAGUAGGCUUGUGGAUCCGCUGGAGGACCCACUGCCUGGAGUGGGCACCUAUGAAGACUUCAACACUAUUGACUGGGUCAGAGAGAAGAGCAAAGACCGGGACAGGCACAGAGAGAUCACCAAUAAGAGCAGACAGUCAACUAUGGCUCUGCUGCGCAGAAUCAGUGAUGCCUUCUCAGGGUGGCUGCUCAUGCUGCUGGUGGGACUGAUGGCAGGUGCUGUGGCCGGCGGCAUCGACAUCUCAGCCCACUGGAUGACGGACAUGAAAGGCGGCGUGUGUCUCCAAGGUUUCUGGUUCAACCAUGAGCACUGCUGCUGGUUGUCUAAUGAGACCACGUUCCAGGAGAGGGACCGGUGUCCACAGUGGAAGAGCUGGGCCGAGCUCAUAACGGGAACCUCAGAGGGUGCGUUUGCCUACGUAGUGAACUACAUGAUGUACAUAUUUUGGGCUCUGAUCUUCUCCUUCUUGGCCGUCAUACUGGUCAGAGCCUUCGCCCCGUAUGCAUGCGGAUCAGGAAUACCAGAGAUCAAAACCAUACUCAGUGGGUUCAUCAUCCGAGGCUACCUGGGGAAGUGGACCCUGAUCAUCAAGACCAUCACCCUGGUCUUAGCUGUCUCCUCUGGGCUCAGUUUAGGGAAGGAGGGCCCUCUGGUCCACGUCGCCUGCUGCUGUGCUAAUAUACUCUGUCACCUGUUCACAAAGUACUGCAAGAAUGAGUCCAAGAGAAGAGAGGUGUUAUCAGCGGCAGCAGCAGUGGGUGUAUCGGUGGCUUUUGGAGCUCCGAUAGGAGGAGUCCUGUUCAGUCUGGAGGAGGUGAGUUAUUACUUCCCCCUGAAGACUCUGUGGCGUUCAUUCUUCGCUGCUCUGGUGGCAGCCUUCACUCUGCGCUCCAUCAACCCGUUUGGGAACAGCCGCUUGGUGCUGUUCUACGUGGAGUUUCACACCCCGUGGCACCUGAUCGAGCUGGCCCCUUUCAUCCUGCUGGGGAUCUUUGGAGGCCUCUGGGGGGCGCUGUUUAUCAAGGCUAACAUUGCUUGGUGCAGGAAGCGUAAAACCACCCGUCUGGGUCACUACCCCAUUAUUGAGGUCCUGGUGGUCGCCAUGCUGACCGCCGUGCUCGCCUACCCAAACAGUUACACUAGGAUGAGCGGAUCUGAGCUCAUCUCUGAGCUGUUCAAUGACUGCUCCAUGCUCGACUCCUCUCAGCUGUGCAGCUACAAACAGCAAGCCAACAUGUCAGAACCAGGUGUAGAUAACAGCCUUGCAGGACCAGGCCUUCACACAGCCCUGUGGCAGCUGGCCCUGGCCUUAGUGUUCAAGAUGAUGAUCACUGUGAUUACAUUCGGCAUGAAGGUUCCCUCUGGUCUCUUCAUCCCCAGCAUGGCAGUUGGAGCCAUAGCCGGCAGGCUGCUGGGUAUUGGCAUGGAGCAGCUGGCCCACCACAACCGCGACUCGGUUAUCUUUAAAGGGUGGUGUUCAGCGGAAGCAGAAUGCAUCAUGCCAGGGCUUUACGCCAUGGUCGGAGCUGCCGCUUGUUUGGGUGGAGUGACUCGUAUGACCGUAUCUCUGGUAGUCAUCAUGUUCGAGCUGACUGGCGGUCUGGAGUACAUUGUUCCCCUCAUGGCUGCAACCAUGACCAGCAAAUGGGUGGCAGAUGCUUUUGGAAGAGAGGGAAUUUAUGAGGCUCACAUCAGGUUGAAUGGUUACCCAUUCCUUGAGCCAAAAGAAGAGUUUGAGCACAGUAGCCUGGCGGUGGACGUGAUGAGGCCGAGGAGGAGUGACCCUGCGCUGGCUGUGCUCACGCAGGAGGGCAUGACUGUAGGGGAGGUGGAGUCCUUAGUGGAGAGCACUCACUACAGUGGUUUCCCUGUGGUCGUCUCUUCGGAGUCUCAAAGGCUUGUGGGAUUUGUACUCAGAAGAGAUCUGCUCAUAUCUAUAGACAAUGCCCGGAAGCGCCAGGACGGCAUCGUCAGCGCCUCCCAGGUGCUCUUCACUGAGCACGCCCCAUCACUUCCGGAUGCACCACCUCCCCUCCGGCUGAGGUGCAUCAUGGACCUGAGCCCCUUUACGGUCACUGACCACACACCCAUGGACAUCACUGUGGAUAUUUUCAGAAAACUGGGGCUACGCCAGUGUCUGGUUACGCAUAAUGGGAGGCUGCUGGGAAUUAUCACCAAAAAGGACAUACUCAAGCACAUGGCGCAGAUGGCCAACAGAGACCCGGACUCCAUCCUCUUCAACUGACCUCCAUUUCCCAUCUUCUUUCUCACACCUGUGAGUUAAAAAAAAAAAAAAUAGAGGCAGGAACAGGUAAUCCUCUGUUGUGGAGACAGACAAGAGGAGACGAGGUGGAGGAGGAGAAAAUAAAGACAUCAGGGAAGAUGAAGAGUUGUUUUGGGAGCUCCGUGCCUGCCCUCGGGCCUUCACGGCGAGCCCAAACAGAGCACUUUGAGCUGGGCUGAUGGAUGUUCAGACACUUCCCUCCCUCCCACUGUGAGGUUUCCUAUAGCCCCAAGGCUGAAGGAUCCAGGAGUGUGAGAAUAGGAUCGAAUACACACACAAGCUUACACUCCACAAAGACUUUCAUAACAGCCUGGGAACCUGCUAGAAAUGUCUCUUCUUCUUUUCUGUUGUUUUUGUUGUCCUAUAGGUGCUCGAUAGGUGAUACAGCUCCAGCCUGGAAACUAUGCAGCGUUGUCCUGCCAUGCAGACAGUUUUGUUAUGUUGUAUAGACAUACAUAGUCAAGGCAAACCAUGUCAUACCUUUAAGUGAAAUGCAUUUCCAGGCUGUUGUGGAAGGGCUAAAAGAGAAAUCAUGAUAUAAAUUAAUUUAUGUAAAUGUAAAAUUGUUCAUCCCACUAAAUUAUUCCACUGACUUAAAGCUGCAGUUUGUGUCUUUAUUUUGGUUCCUCACAUCAUGAAGUGUUAUCUGUUUGGAUUUGAUAACCAUUUGAUUUUGUUUGUUUAGUUUUGAAGCUCAGAUUCUAUCACAUCUUUGACUGAAGCUUCUGUUUUGGUUUUUAUUGGUGUUUCGAUAAGUUGAAAACAAGAAUUUUAUGUCUGUGAAUAUAAAUCUUUUCAGUUUGAGCUCCUCAACUAAUUUUAAUUAACUGAUCUCGUGCGUCCUUGCUCAAACAAAAAUGCGACACAGUUGCUGCUUUCAUCCUCUAAAUUAUAAGGAUUUGUUUUCUGUCACAGCCAGUGGUGAACUGAAUGUUAGGCUCUAUUAAACACUGUUUUCUUACACUUAAUAGA